AUGGUCGCGUUUCCGCUCCUCCUGCUAUCGGCCCUCUUCGUCCUGAUACCGUUGACACUAUGCGCUGAAGACUACUACAAGAUAUUGGACAUCGACCGGUCAGCCUCAGAGCGUGAUAUCAAGAGAGCGUACAGAACGUUAAGCAAAAAGUUCCACCCUGACAAGAAUCCAGGGGACGAUUCCGCGCAUAAGAAAUUCGUCGACAUUGCUGAAGCAUACGACGUCCUAUCCACGGCCUCAACAAGGAAAAUAUAUGAUCAAUACGGGCAUGAGGGUCUACAGCAACAUAAACAGGGCGGAAGCGGUGGUAGACACGACCCCUUUGACCUGUUCUCUCGGUUCUUCGGUGGCGGAGGGCAUUUCGGUCACCAGGGCGGCCACAGACGUGGCCCUGACAUGGAACUUCGCCUCGAACUAGCCUUACAAGAUUUCUAUAACGGCAGAGAGGUGGAAUUCAAGAUUCAGAAACAGCAAAUAUGUGAUGCUUGCGAAGGUUCUGGCUCCACGGAUGGAAAAGUGGAUGUCUGCAACCAAUGCAAGGGCCAUGGUGCCGUAAUUCAAAAACACAUGAUCGCUCCCGGUAUAUUUCAGCAAGUUCAAAUGGCUUGUGACAAGUGCGGAGGGAAAGGAAAGUCGAUUCGGCAUCCUUGCAAAGUAUGCGGCGGUAGCAGAGUCGUCAGAGCUGAGGUUCCUAUAUCAGGAACCAUAGAAAAGGGUAUGGGCCAGGGAUCAAAACUGAUAUUCGAAAAUGAAGCCGAUGAAAGCCCCGACUGGGUUGCGGGAAAUUUGGUUGUCACAUUGAAAGAAAAAGAGCCCGUAUUGAGUGAUUAUGAACCUUAUCGCACGGAUGGAACAUUCUUCCGCCGCAAGGGCAAAGACCUUUUCUGGAGGGAAGUUCUCAGCGUCAGGGAAGCCUGGAUGGGAGACUGGACCCGAAAUCUAACACAUCUGGACGGCCACAUUGUACAGAUAGGCCGCAAACGAGGCGAAGUUGUCCAGCCCUUUACAGUGGAAAAGAUACCAGAGCAGGGAAUGCCAAUAUAUCAUGAAGGCCACAUACACGAACAGUCUCCACACGACGAAUUCGGUUCGCUUUAUGUUGAAUACGUUGUUGUCCUACCCGACCAGAUGGAGAGUGGCAUGGAAAAAGACUUCUUCGCUCUGUUCGAAAAAUGGCGGAAGAAGAACGGUGUCAACCUCCAGGAAGAUUCCGGCCGGCCUGCUCCUCCAGAGGUUGAAAAGCACGACGAGCUAUAA